GCUCCGCCCCCACCGCGGCGCCCGAGAUCACCCGCCGCCGGCGCUCGGCUCCCCGCUGGCAAGAAGCGGAAGCCGCCACCGGAGGCGGACUCGGCCAGACUGAGCCCGGGCAGCCGCGGCAACGGCGAGGCGCGGGGCGGGGGCGCCCGGCGGACACCACGACCCCGAGCAAGCGGGCGCCCCGAGCGGGCAGCCCCGCCGGGGGUGGCGGCGGCAGCGGCCGUGGUGGCUGAGCUCGGGCGCCCCUCGCGCAGCGCUCCAUGCCGGUGUGGUGCUGCCGCUGCUCCCUGGCCGGUCAUUUCAGAAAUUAUAGUGACACUGAAACUGAAGGAGAGAUUUUUAAUUCCUUAGUGCAAUAUUUUGGUGAUAAUCUGGGGCAAAAAGUUAAAGCGAUGCCAUUAGUUGAAGAAACUUCUUUACUCGAAGAUUCGUCAGUGACUUUGCCUGUGGUAAUAAUAGGAAAUGGACCCUCAGGAAUAUGCCUUUCUUAUAUGUUAUCAGGCUAUAGACCAUAUUUAUCAUCAGAAACAAUACACCCAAAUACAAUUUUACAUAGUAAAUUAGAAGAAGCAAGACAUCUUUCCAUUGUUGAUCAGGACUUAGAAUACUUGUCUGAAGGCCUUGAGGGCCGAUCAUCCAAUCCAGUUGCAGUACUUUUUGACACACUUCUUCAUCCAGAUGCUGACUUUGGGUAUGAUUAUCCAUCCAUUUUGCAUUGGAAAUUAGAGCAACAUCAUUAUAUCCCUCACUUAGUUCUUGGUAAAGGUCCACCUGGUGGAGCUUGGCAUAAUAUGGAAGGCUCCAUGUUGACAAUCAGCUUUGGGAACUGGAUGGAGCUUCCUGGACUUAAAUUUAAAGAUUGGAUAUCUAGCAAACGAAGGAAUCUAAAAGGGGAUCGAGUUAUGCCAGAGGAAAUAGCUCGCUACUAUAAACAUUAUGUAAAAGUCAUGGGUCUUCAGAAGAAUUUCAGAGAGAAUACGUACAUAACCUCUGUAUCAAGACUCUACAGAGAUCAGGAUGAAAAUGAUAGUCAAGACUCAGAUAUUUCAACAAAGCAUUUACAGACAGAGAAGUCAAAAUUUGUCAAGAGAAACUGGGAAAUCAGAGGUUAUCAGCGAAUAGCAGAUGGUUCUCAUGUUCCCUUUUGCCUCUUUGCUGAGAAUGUAGCUCUAGCAACUGGAACAUUGGAUUCUCCAGCUCAUCUCGAAAUUGAAGGGGAAGAUUUUCCUUUCGUGUUUCAUUCAAUGCCUGAAUUUGGAGCUGCUAUAAGUAAAGGAAAGUUACAUGGCAGAGUGGAUCCAGUGUUAAUUGUAGGUUCUGGGCUUACUGCAGCUGACGCAGUACUGUGUGCUUACAACAAUAAUAUCCCCGUGAUCCAUGUUUUCCGCAGACGAGUAACUGAUCCAAGCUUAAUUUUCAAGCAGCUUCCCAAAAAGCUUUAUCCUGAAUAUCAUAAAGUCUAUCAUAUGAUGUGUACUCAGAUAUAUUCUGCAGACUCAAAUCUUUUGUCUGAUUAUACCAGUUUUCCUGAGCACCAUGUGCUUUCCUUUAAGUCGGACAUGAAAUGCAUUCUUCAAAGCAUCUCUGGAUUGAAGAAAAUAUUUAAGCUGUCUGCAGCAGUGGUAUUGAUAGGGUCUCAUCCUAAUCUUUCUUUCCUAAAGGAACAAGGAUGUUACCUAGGCCAUAAUUCAAGCCAGCCAAUCACAUGUAAGGGUAAUCCUGUGGAAAUAGAUGCAUAUACCUAUGAAUGUGUUAAAGAAGCCAACCUUUUUGCAUUAGGCCCUUUGGUCGGAGACAAUUUUGUUCGAUUUUUAAAGGGAGGGGCAUUGGGUGUUACACGCUGUUUAGCUACAAGACAGAAGAAAAAGCAGCAUUUGAUUGUUGAAAGAGGAGGAGAAGAUGGGGUAGCUUAAAACAAGUUUACAAAGAAUUUAAAUGGACAGUUUACUAUUAAAGAUUUUUAAUAGUG